CUUCUUUAAACUCUAUCUCGGAAUUUGAUCGUGAUACUUGCGACCCAUGGAAAACAAUGUCACAAGUUAUAUCAUGCAUUGAAAAUUAUAUCAAAUUCCCUAUGCAGAGAGAUACUUCCGAAUUCCGAAUUACUUCAUAUACUUUUACCAAUG